AUGACGGCCACAAGCCCACAAGUUGGCGGUGAUGACCGGUUGACGUGGGCCCAACGAGUUCAGCAGCACCAACAACAGAAGCGACAAGAACAGCAGCACCAACAGCAGGCCGCCAACCAGCUCGCCCGCAACCGUGCCGGCGACAACCCCAUGAUCGUGGUCAGGGACUUCAACGCCCCUAACACGGCCUGGGGAUACGUCGCCAGCAGAGCCAAGGGCGAGGACUUAAUAAACGACGCCCAUGAACUCGACCUAACGCUCAUCACGAACGCCGAAUACCCCACAAGAACGGGUAACUCGGUCAACCGCGACGCAACGCCAGAUCUCACUUUCGUCCGCAACGUUCCAAACUAUCAGUGGAACAACCACUUCGAGGAUCUGGGCAGCGAUCACCACAUUGGCUGGGACGACGUGAGCUUCCACGGUUCCCCUCAGAUACCCACGCCCAAUUUGGACGCGCUGGCCAGAACUGGAGUGGUGCUCAACAACUACUACGUCAUGCCGCUGUGCUCGCCUUCCAGGGGAGCACUCUUGAGUGGCCUCUACAGCAUACACACCGGCUUCCAGAGCGGUAUUUUGAUGCCAGCACAGCCAGCUGGUCUGCCCCUCGACGUGAAGAUAAUGCCCGAGCACUUCAAAGACUUGGGAUACGAGACGCAUCUUGUGGGAAAGUGGCACAUCGGUUACUACAGCCUGCAGUAUACGCCUAGCUUCCGAGGCUUCGACACCUUCCUUGGCGUGUACACAGGUCCAGUCGAUUACUACAGCCACGUUCAGACUUUUCUGACAGAGGCUGAGCUCUCGGAGAGCUUCAGUGAGCAGAAUGCUGUCAAUGUCAAGAGUAUUAAGAUGAGCGGGGAUGGCAAAGAAAUUGAAACCAAGUACCUAAUACUCACCUUUGGUUCAAGUGUCCUGCCCGAGUCCAUUGAGGCCAGGUACAUGAAGCUCCGUGAUAGCCGUACGGGACUGGACUUUUUUUACAACGCCAAGCCUCUGAGAUCGGCAAACGGCACGUACUUGACGACGUUGUACACGGAACGAGCGAAGUACAUUAUAAGGAACAGAGACAAAUCAAAGCCUCUGUUCCUUUACCUGGCACACCAGGCGACGCACAGUGGCAACGUGCCGAAUAUCCUUCAAGCCCCCGAGGUGAACAUCAAAAAAUUUCCGUACAUUGGCGACCCGAACCGGACGAUUUACGCAGGAAUGCUGGAUGCCUUGGAUCAAUCCGUUGGCGCUGUGCUGGAAGCGUUGGAAGCGGCGUCGAUGCUGGACGAUACCAUCAUAGUGUUCAGCAGCGACAAUGGCGCGGCACCCUUCUAUUAUGCGCUGGCCAACCUGGGCAGCAACUGGCCCUUGCGGGGUUCCAAAGGCACUCUCUGGGAGGGUGGCGUACGUGCCACCGCCUUUCUCUGGACUCCUCGGCUUCUGCGUCAGCGCAGGGUGUCGCAACAUUUGAUGCACAUCACUGACUGGCUUCCCACCCUCUUCGCGGCAGCAGGGGGCAACGUGAAUCAUCUAGGCCCAUUGGAUGGUCUGAACAUGUGGCAAGCGCUCAACUACGGAAAAGCGUCGCCGCGAACCGAGAUCCUGCUCAACAUCGAUGCAGAACAAGGAAAUGCCGCACUGCGCUACGGAAAGUUCAAAGUGCUCGUGGGCAGCCUCAACAACCUGGACCAACGCUAUCAAACACCCGGCGAAAGCCGCCCCUACCGAGAUCUAGACGUACUGCUAAGGCGAUCCCGUGCCGCCGCAGUGCUCAGGAGGCUUUACGGCAGAGACGUCUUCAAACGUGAUGAUUGCUGGAGGAGGAAAGCGACGCUCAGAUGCGGGAGGGUCGCCAACUCCAGCUUCGUGUCGGGUCGCACUCUCUAUCUCUUCGACAUUGACGAAGAUCCGUGCGAGCUGCACGAUUUGUCCCGGGAACGGCCCCAGAUCGUGUCCAUGCUCUUGGAAAAGCUGGCCGCCUACAAUAAGACCGUUGUCCAGCCUGUAAACUCCACAAUAGAUCCCGAGGGGUAUCCGGAAAACCACGAUGGUGUCUGGGCGCCCUGGAUUUAG